GUUCAAUGCUCCGCCUCAGUCGAUCAUCAGGGGUGUAAUAUGAACGGCUUUCUGAACGGCGGCGACGUAUCCAUGAUCAUGACCGCCACUUUUAUGAAACUCGUCGGAUUAUGGACGGCGAACGGCAUACGGGAGCAGCGCGCAAGGAAGUUCGCCCUGAUUUACACUGUUGCCGCGAUGCUGUUCGCCCUGUGGAUAGAGUUCACGGAUUUUUAUUAUUCCUUCGGCGAUUUUAGCACGUGUCUUUUUAAUAUAUGUAACAUUAUAUAUAUAACGAUGCCAUUGUUGAAGAUAUUUGUAAUAGUUUUGAAUAAAAAAGAUUUUUUCUACCUAAUCUUCUAUACGCAAAAAAAUUUCUACAAGGAUAAUUAUAACAAGCAUGAGCAGCAAAUCUUCACUAAUUGUCGACGUCAAUGUAUCAUUUUUGUUUGCUUCCUUACGUUCUCCACGAAAGGAACUCUCGUUUGUUACAUCGUCAGUCCGCUCGUCGAAAAUAUCGGAAAAAAUCAAUCGGAAAGGGUACUCCCAUUCAAUAUGUGGGUCAAUUUACCGCUAUCGACGUCGCCAUAUUAUGAAAUAAUGUUCACGAUACAGGUUUUAUCCUUGUAUCACAUUGGAGUUGGUUAUUUCUGUUUCGACAACUUGUUGUGCGUUUUGAAUUUACAACUGGCCGGCCAAUUUCAAAUAUUGCAAUACAAAAUGACCAACAUAGCUGAUUUAUUAGAGGAAAAAAAUGAGAAAAAAAUUAUAAACUCGUCCUACUUUGCCAAGAAAUGUUACGUAGCUUUCAAAAAAUACAUCCGCGAGCAUCAGGCGCUCAUAGCUUACUGCGAGAAGCUCGAAAAAGUAUUCAGUUUGAUUAUUCUUUGGCAAGUGUUGACGUUCAGUUUGAUAAUAUGCCUCGAUGGCUAUCAAAUACUUUUGCCAGAGUCGCCCGUUAGAAGGCGGUUGAUUUUCGGCUUCCAUUUGGCAGCGUGUAUAUGUCAAUUACUGAUGUUCACCUACAGCUGCGACUGCAUCAUACAAGAGAGCUCGAGCGUAGCUUCGGCGGUGUACGGCGGGCCUUGGCCAUUUCUGUCAGAGAGCGCAAGCGGUCGAACAAUGCGUAAAGACUUGACACUCGUAAUUCUAAGGUCUGGCGUGCCUUGCUGCUUAACAGCCCGGGGAUUCUUCAUCGUGUCUCUGGAAACGUACACUAGGGUUUUAAGUACUGCAGUAUCAUAUUUUACAUUAUUAAGACAAAGUACAUUAGAAAUUGAUUAAUAGAAGGUUGAGAUCGUAAUGUAACUAUGAUUAAUAUUAAUUAUUAUUCUAUUUUAAAGAA